UAUCAUGUAUGGCUAAAAAAUCGAGAAAUAAUAGGCGUAAGACCACAGAACAAUUAUAGCUUCUCAGACUUCAAGUUCAAGGGCAUACUAGGUGAAGGACGAAGUGGAAAGACUCUCCUAUGCGAAUUUCGUGGAGAUAUGAUUGCUUUGAAGAGUGCAGACUUAUCUAAGGCCCCAUCGUAUGUUCUGGAAGAAAUGCAGAAAGAAGUAGAGAUGUAUAAAGAUCUAGCUGAUAUUCAAGGCAAGUAUAUCCCAAAGCUAAUCUGUUAUGGAUAUUAUGGAGGAGGCAUGAGCUUCGUUAUCGGCUUAACCAUCGUUGGCACUACGUUGAGCGACCAAAAAAUAACGGAACAGCAAAAGUCAAGGGCUAUUAAGGGAUUGGAAGCAAUCCACAAACAUGGCAUCCUCCAUAAUGAUAUUCGGGAGGAAAACAUCCUAAUUAAUGAUAAUGAUGACAUCUACUUGAUCGACUUCGGGAUGGCAAGCCGGGAGGACACAAAAAAGAAGAGAAAGCUUUUCGAGGAGGAACAGCUCAAAUUAUCUCAAUUGCUAGAUGGAUAUAUUGAAUUGCAUCACACGUCACCAAAAGAUGAGUCUUCGAUUUCUGAAAUUUCAGCUGAGGCGCCCCUGCCGAAAAAUAAUGUGACCGAAAUUUCUGAAAAAAUCUUGCCUGAAGUAAAUGCAUCAACUACACCCAUGCCAGCUGAGUCAGGGUAUCGAAGGUUAGAUAUGGAAAACCAGGAGGGUUCAUCUGACAUGGAAAAUCCGCCAAGUGUGGAAAACCUAUCUAUUACGGAUGAGGAGGUGGACUUAAACAGUAUGGAGGACGUAGUCAUUAUCGAAAAAAUCUCUACUGAACCUUCAGAGCCACUUGUGACUUUCCCAUGCUGUAAACAUAUAGUACAUUUCGAAUGUAUUAAAAUUAAUCGCAAGUUGUGUCCUAAGUGUCCGACAAACCAUGAUUUGGAAAAAGAAGGUUUUUACAUUUCACCUGAAAUACCUAGAAAAAGAAGGAGGCAAGAGGGUGGACAGAAAACUGCCAGAGGUUCAAAGGCGCAAACUAUCCUUCGUGAGCUGUCUGUCUUUACACUUGAUGAGCUAUCAAUUAAUGCACCUUCCGAAGCUCUGAACAUGCAAGAUGUAUCCAACCAGCUCCACAAGAUGUACUACGACAUUGACGUUGCUGAAAAGAAAGGGGAUCAAGCAAAUAGAGAUGUAGUUCUGAAUUAUUUUCGAUUUGGAAAAGCUCUAUCUGAGCGUCUAGCCGUACUAUUGCAGAAAAAGCCUCCACAGACGGCACAUACAGACCUGAAUAGUGAAGUCCAGGACAAACUCCCAGAUCAUAUGAACAAGUCUAUGGAUGAUCGGCCUGGACCUGAUUACAAAGAAGCAAGAAAUUGGGAGAAGCGUACGUCGGUCAGAGCGGGAUCUUCAUUUCAUUUUCACAACUCAACAAUUACUGGAAAUUCUCUGGGAGGCGACUCGGGAGUAAUCAAUAAUGUUAAAUUUCCAAAGGAGAGAAACCGGGAAAGAGAUCAGAAAGAGAAACAGCAGAGAGGUCGAACACAAGAAAAAUCUAAUUCAUUAGAUCAUAAUACUGUUAAUAAAACAAAAGGUUCCUCAGUUGCGGAAAUAUCUUCGGAAGGAAAACAAACUGAAAGAUGUUCUAAGGAUGGUAGAGAUAAUAAAAACUUGGAUUUUUCAACAAGAUCAGAAAGCACAUUGGAGUGUGAUGAUGAUGACAAUUCUCGAAUAAUGUCUGCAUAUGAUUACGAAAAAUAUAAAAAAUCCUACGCUGAAAUGAAUAAUUCGAAUAAGUGGGUACUCACAACUGGAACUGUUGUGGAGGACGCUCUUUACAAUUUCGGCCUGCGUUGCAAGUAUGAACAUCUUGCUCAUUCGUUUAUACUAGAUCCUGACGACAAUAAUUACCUGAUAGAAAGUGUUUUUACUGAAAGUGAAUUACACGAAAUUCGACAUUAUCAAACCAAGGAAACACCGUUGAUGCCUCUGGAAUUGCUGAAAUUAUUAGAAUAUGAAUCGAACGCUUUGAUGUCAGACCAUUUAGAGUUGUGGAUACUUGUUCACGUUUGGAACUUUACUGAUAAAGUUUUCAAUGAUAUCGAGGAAGUGAAAGUAGUCAGCCUGUCGUCAUCAACAAGGAAAAAUCAUAAAAGAACCGUUCCUGCAGUAGAUAAGAAAAGAAAGAUUCUUGGGAGGAGAGGCGAUAUGAUUAUUCGUAAGAUUACAGACGAGUAUGGGUGCGCAGAAGCAGGUCGACAGUUCGAAGGACAGAAUGGUACAAAAUUGUUACAGGAAAAAGGCCUGAAAAUGCCUAAAAUGAUGAAGGAUAUGUUUGAUCAACUCUGUAGGACUUUUGACCAAGAUGAAAAGAAAACCCGUAAACUGGAAACAAUUGGGUUCCUUCAUGCUGGGCUUAUGAUGACACUUCUGCGUCUAGACUCACCAGCUGGAUAUAUAUGUCGCGUGUCACGAUCAAAGCCUUUCUUUAUUGCUACACAUAUUAAAGAAUUCGGAAAAAAAACACUCCCUGCAAUUGCCUUGACAUGGAAGGCUAAGAAAAUCGUUGAUAAUAUGAUUUGCUUGGUUGGCCAACCCGAUGAAAGUGAUGAAGAAAGUCAACUACAACAUUUACAGGAUAUCUACGAUGUGUCACCACAACCAUCACAAAAACGAAGGGUGAAUUUGCCAACAUGUUUGAAUACUCCAUCAAAGGAUAAUUCUAUAUCUUUGUAUUUUGCAUUAGAUCUGCUUGGGCCUCCACCACCAUUCAAUCUGCUAUCAAGUAUCGUAUCUUGCCCGGAUCCUCAGUGCGAGGGAAAAAAUAAAGAUACUGCUAAAAUUUGUUCGGAUUGUGGAAAGCCAUUAAUGGAAUGA